CGUGUUGACAGUGGACAUUGAGUUUAAACCGCUAAAUUAGCUCUAUCAUUCUUCCAUGCAUUCAUUAUGUUUCAGAUAUCUUCUCAAAUCUGCCUGUUAUAGCUGUCAGUUUGCCUGUGCUCGAGCUCAAAGAGAACCCUACACCAAACUUGAAUUAGAAGUUUCGCUAUUUAAUGUUUCAUUACUUAUUAACGAAUGUACGAGCACUUUUUGUGAAUCAAGACCUUGUAAGGAAACAUUAGUAACCAGUUUUCAGUUCGGCAUACGCAAGGUGUUUCAAACAGCACUGCAUUCGUGUAAAAUGUUGACUUUAAUUACUGGCACGACAGAUGUUUUCCAUUUGAAGAUGCAUUGUCAAAGGCGGAUAAAGAACACUGGGAGCCGUGUCAUAAAUGUGGUAUAUUAUGUCGAAAACCGUUAUUUUGUAGAUUGUAUUGAUGCCGAACAACAACCGUAGUACCAAUGUUUGGAAAUGGCAUUGAGUCAUGCGUUUUGAGUCAUGUAUAUGGAACCGAUAAAGACGGGCCAGUUUAAAUCCCCUUCCUUUUAAACGGAGAACGUCACGGAGAUGAGCUAGACUUUAGUUUACUCUCAUCUUUCCCCCAGGAGGCUCUGCUUCCCAGCCCCUUUGUUCAGUCUAGCCGGUGGGUUGAGUCAGAGGGAGGCUGUGCUAACCCAACAUAUCCAUACCACUGUGGGAACACCGACAAGAGUGAGAACGGGCCGGAAAAAAAUAGCCGAUUAUCAGGGAGACCAGACUGAGACUGUUAGCUUGUUUAAUCAGAGCCAGACAAGAGAAAAGUUGAUUUUGAGUGUUGCUGAUGCUGCGUUUCUUUUCGGGAACCGUAAGGACCUGUGUGCCAGUGUUCGGCUACACUUAAACAGCGGUAUACAUGUCGAUUAUCUUUGCUCUUUGGUAGCCGCUUCAGCUAUCUUCCUGAAAAAAAAAUGAACCGGCAGGCUAACUGCUAAGCCAUCACCGGGUCUAUUGCUGACACCGUGCAGUUGUUGCCAUCAUCCACUGAUCCACGCUGACUCUCCCUUUCAGUUUCUGCUCAGCAUCCAUAUUUGCAUCCCAGGGAGUGGCAACCACUAGUCCCUCUCUUCUGGCAAGAAAAUUGAAAGUUGGCCGGUUGUCGGACACCCCUUCGGACGCUCCAAUUUCGCAUAGAAAUCUAAACAUGGAGAGCGACAGCCACCACUGCCACAUCUAGUGACUGAUCCACAAGCCUUCAUCACCCAGGGAGGAGCUCUCAGGUCCUGGCCGUCUCCUUGUUUCCUUAGAAUGAAUAUGCUCAAGUCCAGUGGACUGAAAAUCCCUGGCCGGGGACCCAAGCAUUCCAGCCCAGUGGGAAGGACCUCAGCGGGAGGAACCUCCAGCCCUCUUGUCCCUAGAGACAAUGCUCCACUCAAGCCCACCACACCAACUAAAAUCUCUGAAGAGGGCGACGAGGUUUUGGGGGAUUACACAGUGGGUGAACAGGUCUGGGUCAACGGUGUCAAACUAGGAGUUAUUGCCUACCUAGGGGAGACCCAGUUUGCCCCGGGACAGUGGGCAGGCGUGAUACUGAAUGACCUAGUUGGCAAAAAUGACGGCUCAGUGGGCGGCGUGCGCUACUUUGAGUGCCAGCCCCUCCAGGGCAUCUUCACGCGACCCUCGAAGCUCACCCCACAGCCGGUCGGAGAGGGAAGUGACAGCCACUCCACUGACUCGCUCUCUGCCCAGAAUCUGACUCAGCAGGGCGGCAAUGGCGCCCCCCAUGGCCAGCGGGUGGUGGUGCCACUGAGAGAGGGCCUGGCCCUGCUCAACAGCGCAGUGAAAACGGGCAACGAGUCGGGGUCCAACAUGUCUGACAGCGGUUCGGUUAAGAAAGGUGGGGAUAAGGAUCUUCGAGUUGGAGAUCGAGUUUUGGUGGGAGGCUCUAAGAUGGGAGUCAUACGCUAUAUGGGAGAGACCGACUUCGCCAAGGGUGAAUGGUGUGGGGUGGAGCUGGAUGAGCCCCUGGGGAAGAAUGAUGGUGCAGUGGCUGGUACAAGAUACUUUCAGUGUCUUCACAAGUUUGGCCUGUUUGCGCCAAUCCACAAGGUGAUCCGCAUCGGCUUCCCUUCCACCAGCCCGGCCAAGGCUAAGAAGAGCAAGCGGAUGGCCAUGGGGGUUUCCUCUCUGGCCCACAGCCCCAGCAGCUCCUCCAUCAGUUCAGUCAGCUCGGUGGCCUCCUCCGUGGGUGGACGACCGAGCCGAACUGGGCUGCUGACCGAGACAUCUUCGCGCUACGCCCGUAAGAUCUCGGGCACCACCGCGCUCCAGGAAGCCCUGAAGGAGAAGCAGCAGCACAUCGAGCAGCUGCUGGCCGAGAGGGACCAGGAGCGAGCCGACAUGGCCAAGGCCACCAGCCACAUCUGUGAGGUGGAGAAGGAGCUGAGCGUCCUCAAGGUGCAGCACGUGCAGUAUGUAACAGAGAAUGACAACACCCUCCAGCAAAUCAAAGCCAUGUUGGCUAGCACACAGAAAGAUAAACUGGAACUGUCCAAUCAGCUUGAAGAAGAGAAAAGGAAAGUGGAGGACCUCCAGUUCAGAGUAGAGGAGGAAUCCAUCACCAAGGGAGACCUGGAGACUCAGAGGAAAAUGGAACGCGCCCAUAUCCGUCAGCUUGAGCAGAGCCUGCUCCUCGAAAAGUCGAGAGCAGAGGUGCUUCAGAAAGACUUAGAGAAGAGGAGGCAAACCACAGUUGAAGAGCAUAGUCGUAUCAUGCUGCUGGAGGAGGAGCUCCGCCUCAGGAGGGCUGAGAUGGAGAACCUCCAGGCCAAACUCCGAGGAUCUGACACAAGCUCGCAGCAAGCCACCGACAGUGACAACGCCCCGGGGUCUGACACCCAGCCGGAGGCCCUCGCCCUUCGCACGCAGCUGGUGAUGGCAGGCCGCGAGCACCACAAGGAGAGCAGCGAGCUUAAAGAGAAGUACGAGGCGGCAUUAGCAGCGAGCCAGCAGGAGAUAGACUCACUGAAGGCAGUGGUGGAGGAUAAGCGCCAGGAGGUCAGUAGGAUGAAGCAGAAAGUCCAACAGGCCAACAAGGAAAACAUGGAAAUGAUGGACACCUGGAAGGUUAAAUUUGACAGUUUAGUAAUUGACCACCAGCGUUCCUUGGAGGAACUGAAGGCCUCAUUGAGCGGUGAUCGUCCUACUCCAGCAGGCACGGAGCAGGACGCCCAGGAGCUGAGAGCCGCUCUGGAUAGCCUGAAGACGGAGCACCAGCUGGAGAUGGAGAAUCUCAAGGCCAAACAUAAGAUCGAAGCCGCCAUUCUGACCAUGGAACGCGAAGACCUCUGUGGUCGUCUUCAGGAGGCCAAAGACCAGCUGGCCGAGGGCAGCCAGACAUGGAGGGCCGAGGCACACGCCAAAGGCGGCAAGCAGGCCCUGGAGGAGGCUACCGAGAAGCUACAGAAGGCAGAGCAGAGGCUGGCGGAAAUGGAGAAGCUUCAGACGGAGCAGGGCCAAAGCACAGAGGAGCUGAGAGGGAGACUGGAGCUGUCAGAGAAGAAGAUGACGGACUAUCAGGCUCUGCAGAAGGCCCAGGCGGAGAGCCAAGAGGAGAUCCAGAAGCUGGAGGAGAAGCUGAGGGUGACGGCGAACCAGCUCCAGGCCAUCCAAUCAGACCGCUACACAUCCCAUGAUGCAAAUGUGAUAGAGGAUAAUGAAAUUUCAGAUGAGAAGAUGAAGCUGAAACAGAAUAUCGAAGAAACAAUGGAGAAGUUGUUGAAAAGGGAAAAAGAGGUCUCGACUCUCACUUCCCAGGUUGAAGUCCUCAAGUUCCAGAUGGGAGCACUGGAGGGCAAAGUUCGCUCAGCAGAAAAGAAAGCCGAAGCCCUGGCCAAGGAGAAGAUGCGUGUGGAGGUAGAGCUGGAGUCCAUGACCAAGAAGUCCCACGAUGCCUCGGGGCAGCUCGUCAAUAUCAGCCAGGAGCUGCUGAAGAAAGAGAGGAGUCUGAAUGAACUGAGGGUGUUACUCCUGGAGUCACAUCGCCAUUCACGGGACAUGGAGAAAGACCUGAACCGAGAAGUGCACAAGGCUGAGUGGAAGGUCAAGGAGCAGAAACUUCAGGAUGACAUCAAGACCCUGCGUGAAAAAUUGCUUCUACUGGGUCGGGAACAUUCUUCACCUGACCACCGGCGGUACUCCAUGCUGGACCCCUCUGUCCUGGACUCAGAGGUGAUCCGCCUGCGCCAACGGCUGCUCAGCACUGAGGACGCCCUGAGGAACGCCAUGGAACACAACCAGCAGGUCGACCAGCUGGUCCAGGCCAUGCGCAGGCAUCCAGAUAAAAGCCCGGUGCAUGGUGCAAAUUCAGCCAAUGGAAUUCAUCAUGAGGAGUCAGGAGGCACUCGAGAUGUUGGAACAACACUGAUAUGAGCAGAAGGGAUAAGACUGAACUGGGACAUGCAGAAGUCCAUCUUAAAGAAAAGCUCAUCCAACGUUUCUCCUGAUCCUGCGAUGGACGCCUGAAGAAGAUUUCAGUUUGCAGUUAAUACCAAAACAGCGAAUCUCUAUCUUGAGUGAAUUUAUGUGUUGUUGCAGAAAGCAGCUAUUAGCCAAUCAUGAAGACCGCUUAAAGUACUAUAAAAUAUAAACAGGAAAUGGCACAUGGACAUGAAGAGAUAUUAUCGGUAUAACUCCUGAGAACGUACAGUAUGGCAACUUUUGAUGCUUUACAGUAGUUAGAAAAUUUCAAUCUGCAAGUUGCCGGGAACUCUGUGACAAUUCUUAAUUUUGAACCAGAAGGAAAAAAACGGCUGAUUGACAACGAUGUGAAGAACUGAAGAAUUGGGUCUCAGUCGCUUUGUUUGUUUAAUUUAUUACUUUUACUUUGCUCCUCAGCCACUUGGCCAGUGAUACUCAGAGCAACUCUUCAUGAUGACUGACUAUUUUAUACUGAGUUUGGCUCAUUUGUCACUUUACUUAAUACCUGAUGAGAGAAUUGGUUGCAAACUCAUUACAGUCAGCUCUGUCCAGUGUUUACACUCCUGCUUUAGUGUACAAUAUGAUAACAAUUGUGGGUGACUGGUGUUAAUGGAAGUAUUAAAAAGGACCUUUUUAAAGUAAUACUCCACCCAAAAUUAUUUUGUCUUUUGAUUAACAAAACACAAACACAUUAGGCUUGCAAAAUAGCUGUAAAAAGAUUUGUAUUAUCCUUUGUUGUUAUCAGGCUGGUUACAUUUGUGUAACAAUGGAUUCCAAUUUUUUUUUUUAACUGUCCACAAAACCUCCUUAACCACUUCCCCAGUCUCCAUUAAUGUGCUGAAUCUGUUCCAAACUUUGUUUUUGUUUUUCCCGCCAGGACAUCGCUAAAUACUCUGCUUCUGUCUCAAUCCUAAUGCACCUUUUGAUACUAAAAAAAAAGUACUUUUUAAGCAGUCCACAUUAGUUUUUUGUCGGUUACGAAAAGUUUGCAAAACCCUGCGCUGUCUCGAUAACAUCAAGAGCAAGUUACAGUACUCUUGAAGUAUCCUGAAUGAAUAUUGUUUAACUCUGUGAAAACCGUUCCAUGUUUAGAUUUGGGUCUUUACGUAAAGUAAUCAAGCAUAACAUGAUGGAGAAGGUGGAGGCACAACAUAAAGCAGAGUGGUGUUCCCUCUGGCAUACUGUGAGUGCAUUAUCACACUUAUAUUAUGGUCACUUAUCAAAGAAAACAGGAAAAUCUAAUUUUGUUUCUUUUUAGCUAACAUAUGUAAAAUAGUUGGUUUAACCCUUAGUUAACUUAACUAUUAACAUACUCUAAAGCAGCAUUGCUGUUGCUACUGUACUGUAUGAUUACUAUUAUCAGAACCUGUUGAACUAUGUUAGAGGUGUUGGAACCCAACAAAUCACUAUUAUUUCUAUGCCAAUGACAUAACGUGACUGGUCCAGCCUUAUUAAAGCUGCCACAAGUUAUUGUGAAUCACCAACAACUGCUUAUUGUGAUGUAUUCUAAAUCAUACAUGUGAAUACACUAUAGGAGAGAGUUAUCUGUUGCAGGACUGACAGACAUGAUUUCAACCACCAAUCCUCUCUUCAGGAAUUGGGUAAGGUGGCUAUUGGGCCAAUCUUCUUAAAAAGUAGUUCUUUUUUUUUUUUUUUUUUGUCAUUGCACAUCAUUGGACCCCUCUGCUAGGACUUAAUGAAACUGGGAGGCCUCCUGAAUUCAGCUCUGAGUUAUGUUACAGUAUAUUAAUAGAAUUAAUAAUAGUUAAUUAUUACAGACUUUUGCGUUCUCUUAAACUCUGUCCGACCCCGUACCAAUACACCUUAUCAGUAAUUAUCAGCUAUUUUAUUUACUGUGGACUAUGUAUCAGUGCAGACUCCAUCCAUAUAAUUUACUUAUAUAUGGUACAGCAUAGCAGUACUAUUUGAUGCCCCUUUUAAUGCUGUAUCUAAAUGUCCCUGGAUUACUUUACUGACCUUUUUCUUACGUAGGGCUACUGAAGGGCUGUCACAGGAGCUAAAAACCCAAACAAUGGAUGUAAAAUGUUACACUCAACCUUCCCCAGGUUGUCAACAUUUGGAUUUCAUUUGCAAAAAUGUUAUCGACACAUAUGGAACUUAUACUGUAAGUCUUCAGCAUAUUGUUUUAUCCAUAACUAAACUAUGAGAUCCUGUUUGUAGUUGGUCAUAGGUUAUUGCUGCACAAGAGACAUUACACAGAGGUGAGUGGUGUGUAAAGUUUGGAGAAGUGUCUGAGCAAAACAUGUAAGGCAGGUGCUGGUCAGCAAAGAUAAAACCUAAAUUUUCCAUUGGAUAUUGUACAUGGCCUUUUCAGCUGGAGGGUUCAUACCCUUUGGAUUAUUGCUGCAAUGGUUUCGGAGAUUGAGUCAUUAAAUAUUAACAAUGUGG